GCGAAGCCGUCAGAUACAUAGUACAGACAGAGCCUCUCACUCUCUUUUUCUCUGAAAAAUCGAAUUGUUUGAUUGAUUGAUUUAUUAGAGAUGGGAGUGUUCACAUUCGUGUGCAGAAACUCGGGAGACGAAUGGACAGGUAAAUCUCUAUCGGGAGAUCUGGAGGCUUCAGCCGGAUCCACCUUCGACCUUCAGAGAAAGCUCGUUCAGACCGCUCUCUCCUCCGACUCCUCCGGCGGUGUCCAGUCCUCUUUCUCUUUCGUCACCCCCUCCUCCGCCGUCUUCCAGGUGAUUGUUGGUGCUCCGGCUGCCGCUGCUUUUGUUGGAGGCGGUGCUGCAUCAGCUCCCUCAGGAGGUGCUGCACCCGCUGCUGAAGAGAAGAAGGAAGAGAAGAAAGAGGAGAAGAAAGAGGAGAGUGAGGAUGAAGAUAUGGGAUUCUCCCUCUUUGAUUAGUGCAUUUCUUCAGUUACUCUCUUUAUGUCGUGGGUUUACUUCUAUCAAUCUUUUUUGUUCGGUCCUUUUGACUUAUUAGACCUUCUUAAUUGGUAUUAUAAUUAGAGAAUGGGGUUGUCUGUUUUUAGGAACAAGGUGAAAUUUUGUGCUGAGAUGUCCUGUGUUGGACAAAUAUAUUCUAUCUGCCUGUUUUAAA